AUGGGAGGCAGAAAGGAUAGAACCGAGGACAUCGAGAUGGGGAGCCAGGGGAUGUGGAAUUCGACGUCAUCAGAAGCCAGCAGCAACACCAACGACCCAAAACGAAAAAAGGGCAAGACAGAGGCCGACAACACCAGGCCGGAGGACCUCGAGCCGAACUACCAGCCUAUAAACUGGAAAAGGGUCUUCUUCGCGCCCAAGUACAUCCCCAUGUGGAUCAUCCUGAUAAUUGUCGGCAUCCUCACCGCCAUCAUAACACUCAAGCACGACGAGGUCGUCGACGCACUGCGGCCCUUUGCCGAGAAGGUCCGCAACAUUCCCGCCGGCUGGCUCAUCUUCGUUGCCAUCCUGUUCAUCAUCUCGUUCCCGCCCUUGUUCGGCCACGAGGUCGUCGCGCUGCUGGCCGGUGUUGUGUACGGACUGUGGAUAGGGUUUGCCGUCGUCUCGGCGGGGACAUUUAUUGGCGAGAUCGGAACAUGGUUCGCCUUCAAGAAGUUCCUGCGAAGGAAGGCUGAGAAGAUGGAGCGGACGAAUCUCACGUACGGCGCCAUGGCGAGGUUAUGCCGUGAUGGCGGAUUCUGGAUCGUCUUCGUAAUCCGCUUCUCCAUCAUCCCCUCCCAUUUGUCCACGGCCGUCUUCUCAACCUGCGACGUCAAGUUCUGGCACUUCGCCGUCUCGACCUUCCUGACCCUGCCCAAGCAGCUCAUCCUGGUCUACCUCGGCGUGCUCCUGGUGGAGGAGCAGGACGGCGCGACGGUCAAGAACGCCCUGUUCGCCGUCGCUGGUGUCGUCACGGUGCUGGCGGGCGUGUGGAUCUGGUUCAAGAUGGCCAAAUACAAGAAGCAGCUGCUCGCUGAGCAGGCAGAGAGGCAGGCCAACAAGGAGGCCCAGCGCCUGGGCCUGACGAGGAACGACAGCGGCUACGCCACGGGCGGCACCGCCACGAACGGCAACCACGACCCCAUGCCCACGACCGGCGUCGACGCCGGAGUCGUCUACCACUCGUACCCCUCGACGCAGUCCUUCAGCGUACCACAGCCACCACAAACCCCACAAAACUACGCGCCAUACCGGCCCGAGCCCAACCGGACGUACAGCGGGGCGCAAACACCCGGCGGCGGCCCACACGGGCCGUACAACCACUACGACCAGGACACAUACUACCACAGCGCCGACAACUCGGGCGAUGUCGGCAUGGCCCUCAGUCAUUCCGACUCGUACGGCCCGCCGGGCUACACAUCACCACCGUCGUACCCACUGCGGCAGGUCGACAGCCUUGGAGACGGCCGGCCGGCACAGGGCAAGGACUUCAUCUAA